ACGUGAUUCGCGCGCAGUUGUAUCCUUUCCCAGACCGAGUCGAUACGCAGACGCGUUAUUUUUUUUCAUUUGAAACAGUUCGCUGCAUCGACGUUAUAGUGUAGUGCAGCAAUGGCCUUCCUCCAGGGUCCCUCGGUGAAGCAGGCGGAGAUGAUGAAGCAGGACCUGGGGGAGCAGCCGGGAGAUCUGGAGAGGUGCAUACGCGACCUCAGGAGCAUGCUGGCCGCUUCGCCGUAUCUACCUGAUCCGGAGGACGUAGAUCAGAAGUUCCUGGAGCUGUACGUGCGCGGCUGCCGCAUGGAUAUGGACCGCGCGCGCUCCAAGCUGGAAUCCUUCUACCUCUGUCGCUCGCGCUACAGAGACCUGUACGAGCACAGGUCGCUCAACGAGCCACCACUCCAUGACUCCUGCAAGUUCCUGGACAUAGUACCGCUCCCUAAAGUGACAGACGAGGGGUACCGAGUGACGAUCAUGCGCGUGCGCCCCAACUACCCCGAGAGCUCGGCCGACAUCGCCGAUGUGGCCAGGGCUAUCCUUCUGGUCAGCGACGCCAGGAUACACGACGAAACCCUCAUCGCUGGCGACGUCUUCAUUUGGGAGGUGACACACGUGCGAGCAUCUCUAGUGGCGCGCGUGAUGGCGGCGACCAACGCCGUGCGGCGCAGCAUCCACCUGGCGCACGCGGCCUACCCGCAGCGCAUGAAGAGGAUCCACGUGGUGGGCGCGCGGCCCUUCCUCGCCUCCUCGCUGCAGCUCAUAAGGUCUUGCGUCAACGAGAAGAUCAGGUCACGGUAUUACAUUCAUUCACAAGUCGAGGAAUUGUUGGAGCACAUUCCUGCGAGAGUAUUGCCGGCAGAAUGGGGCGGAGAGGAAGAAUCUAUUGAAGUACUCGCAAAAAAAUGGAUAAAUCGAGUGGACGAGCUCCGAGACUACCUCAGAAACCUCAGCGUUCUAUGCAAUACAGCACCAGCUCCAAUAUUGGAUAAUGAUAUUUACGGCACAGUAGGCGCAUUUAGAAAACUCGAUAUCGAUUAAGUUAACUACGCCCAACACUAGAAGAUGCUACAACCAAACAGCACACAGCUCUUGUUGUAGCGGGGGUUGAUGUUAUAUAUCCUCCUUAUAGACCGGAGGGAUGCAUGUUACACUGAAGUUGAUAAGAUAAGGAAUGACACACGAUGGGCGUACCAAAGAUUGCACAACACUAAUAAAUGUCAUUCAAAUCUGUGAUGUUACUUACGAACGGAAAGCAAAUUAGAAGCUCAUAACCCAGCAGAUACAGUGAUUGGGAGAGGAGAAUUUCGCUUAAUUUAAAAUAAGAAGGAAAACUAGAUAGUAAGUCUCAUUAGAGGAAUGUUGCGUAGAUGCUAUAAGCAGCUGAUUUUUAAUAAAAUGAUUAAGUGUGAAUGCGAAGUGGGUGUCGAUAUGUUUAAUGAACAUUUUACGUAGGUAGAAAUAAGUUUACAGCGUCCGGUUAUUUGUGUAAUAGCGAUACCAAUUACGUGGUGCAAGAAGAUACCUAUUUGAGUUUACUGUAUCUAGGUAUAAGUAAUUUAAUAUGAACUAUAAGGAAAUAUAAAUUUAACAAAA